AUGGAACCAAAUAUUUUGAACGAAUAGGCCAAUUAUGUACAUAAACAAUAAACUCAUACUUUAAAUAAUAAGUAAUAUGUAUUUGAUUGUAAGUUAAAUUUUCAUUAUGGCAUAGACUUUGAAAAUGAAUCCAACUCGAAUAUUGGAAUCAAACCAAUAUAUUCUGAAUCACUGAUCGUCAUAGGAUUAUUGAAUGCAGCAUGA